CCCCCCCUCCACCUUCAUCGUUGCACAUUAUUAAACAUACGGAGUACGGAGUACGGGCAAUCAAACAUGAGUUUGCCGACCGAGCCCCAUACUUCAUUGCCGGACGGCGUCACGGGGAAAAGCUAAUCCACCUUGAUUCAUGGCUCAGGGCUCCCGGACAACUUCCGCUUUGAUACUACUCCUCCUUCGCCAUGUCACCCUCCCUCGUUGCCGCUGAGAGACUGUGAACAGCCGACGGUGGGUCAGGUUUGAGGGGCUCUACGCUCUACCAUGUGGAAGCACACGGCACACGGCAGAUUUUGAAAAAAAUUUGCAAAAGAUGAACGGCUGUUUUCCUUGCUUUUCCAGGUCUACGAAUCCCAUCCUUUCGGACGUUGACCGAGCAGAGGAGACGACGGCAUGAUACCGAUCAGACUUGCCCUCAAGGUAAGCCCCAGCAUCAGAUUCUGCACAUUUCCUGAUGCUGCUAUACUCGGCGGACCCCGACGGAUACCAUUCAACGCAGGGGUUCCGACUCGCAUUACCCAGCGUGCGGUCUAUGUAGCGGCCGCAGGGGCUACGGCCAUUACAUCUCGCCUGCCCUUGAGAAAGAGGAUUCCUCUGCGUUCAUGGGAUGGCCAUAUGCAUGUCGUUGAGCCUCAGCGCUUUCCAGUGGCUCCGACAGCAGUUUAUCAGCCAGAGGUUCAUACCUUAGCUGACGCUCUUGCAUUCGAGUCCUCCCUGGGCGUCGAAAACCUGGUGCUUGUCCAGCCAUCUAUCUAUGGAACUGACAACUCCUGCCUAUUGGCGGCUCUGUCAAAGCUCGGUCCCUCUCGUGGCCGCGGUGUGGUCGUGGUUGACCCUGCCACGAUCCAGUCAGAGACGCUGGAUGAGUGGCACACUCUCGGAGUUCGUGGUCUGCGAGUAAACCUGCAGUCCGUGGGCAAGGUGAUGGGUCAAAGCGAGUUGGAAGAGACAUUACUUAGCCAUGCCGAAAUUGCCCGCCCUCGGAAUUGGAUCAUCGAAGUCUACGUUCCGCUGAAGAUGGUACCCAUGCUCGAGUCUGUGGUGCCUCGUCUCGGUGUCUCCCUUUGCAUCGACCAUUUCGGAAGCCCUGAACUUUCCGGCUCGUCUUGGGCCAAAGGCAACAAUCCCUUCAAUCCAUAUAGCCUCCCUGGCUUCCACUCUUUAAUCUCGCUACUCCGAGCCGGAAACACCUACAUCAAAUUGUCCGCCCCUUAUCGACUUACGAAAGACGGACAAAUGCGUGAUCUGAAGGCCAUGGCACGCGAGUUCUUGGCUGCAGCACCGGACCGAGUCAUCUUUGCCACGGACUGGCCUCAUACCCGCUUCACUGGUGUCGACAUCAGCCCCUUCACCGAGUGGUGCUUGGACCUUUCCACCCACGACCCCGAGUUGGCGGAGAAACUGUUCAGGCGGAAUACAGAGCGCAUGCUGGAUGUGCACUCGGGUUAGUCUCGUGGCCUUUGUUUUCCUUGCUGCCUCUUCACGAGGUUAAGCUGUACAUAGCGUUAUUCUGCAUUGCGAUAUGGCGAUUUGUUGCUGAAGCAUUAUUACAUCACAUUUGCUUUCGAGGCCAUAGUUAUCAGUUUCUUACAUGUCACUUUUCUCCCAGUUGUUACACGA